UCAGAGCUACUGCAAUAAAGCCCUCUGCCAUCGAUUCUGAUGCAUCCGUCAUCUUUCUCUUUGCCAUCUGCCAUUGAUUCAAUCCACAAACUCAGAUCAUCUUUUGGAUCCGCUAGUAAUUGUGCUUUUAGGAUCGAUUCAGUCACCUGCAGUUGAGUGAUCGAUCGAGUGAACGAGUGGGUGCGUGAGUGAGUUCAAUCUUCGCUUGCUGGCGCACUUGGAUUAUCUAAGCGCUUUGCAUUUUUCUCCUUCUCGUGUGUCUGCAUUGUGUAGGAUUCAUAACAGUUUAUGAUCUCCUUUCUCGAGUGUUUUAUUGUUGGAGGAUAGAGAGUGUUUUAAGAACUAGAUCGAGCAGCUCUUAAGCUGACGAUCGCCAGUUUUGUUCGUCGCCGGUUUUUUUACACCCAGUUUUUGCUUCAUUUUAGUCUCGGAAUCUGCUUUAUGCACCGCAUUGCUACUGACUGCGUUGAGGUAUCGUGAGAAGCGAGGGUGACAAGAUUUGUUAAGUUCCGAGUGGCGUGGUUCUAAUCGCCAUCUUCGUGCCUUGCUCCUAUUUCUCUGGAAAUCAUCUGUUUGGACGUUCCUGUCGCAACAGGCUUGGAUUUCAGAUUUGUCUAGGAUCGACAGGAGGGUAUCCAAGCUUCUGUACGAUUCGUAACCUAACUCUUCGAGUCUAUUAAUUGAAACAUCUAACCGCACUAGUGAACCUUGCUCUUUUAUUCACGCAAGCCUCUAGUAGCAGAUCGCCGGUAUUUGUGUCAUCAAUCGGCACCCUGCCCAAAACAUCGUCUGUCUUGUGCGUCCAUUUCGGCGAUCAUUAACAUCCCCACUCCCUCCCCUCCUCUCUUUCCUUGUAUCUGAAGAACUCAUUACUUAUUGAUUUUAACAGCAUCGUUCGGAAAUUUAUUGUGGAAACUGUCUAUCUUUUGCGCAACAGAUUCCUUGAGGGGUAGGGACGCAGCUGCAAGGAGUUGCGAGGAUUGAUUUCGUAUUUUAGAUCAUUGCAAGCACUUCUACUUUUCAUUAGUUGGUGGAAGCAUUCUGGUUUCUGUCCAAGUCCGUUUCGCAGGUAUUUCAAUUGACAAGGUCCACCUAACAUUUCGUUGUACAUUACAGUCAAUAAUCCUGCUCAUAUAGAAACACAGUACCAGGUCUACUUUUUUAUAAAUUUGAAUUGUCCCCUAAUAAGGGAGCUAAUUUCAGCUGAUCGUAGGAUCCUUUAACAGCAGCUACCACCCUUAUAGUGAAUUAUAAUUUAGUCUAUCCAAACAAUUUUCUCACUAAUUAUUAAUUCGGAUGACAGUCAAGUAGAUUGUGUUUUUAACUUGGGAACCAUUUCGUCGCCUCAGCCGAUAUAACUUUGUAGUAUGUAUUGAUAAUUCUCGACAUUUCAUGUCAUGGUCUCGGGGUAGUUGCAAAUUCAGCGCUCCUACCACUAUUUAUGCUGACGAAGUGCUACAUCUACUCUAUCAACCUUAAUUUUCUGCAUACUUACUCUUCAGCAUUUGUUGACUAUUAUGGGCAUUGUCCAUAACUUUUAGCCGAAGGUAAUUGUGUAUACGAGUGUUGUUCUUUGUUAGAACAUUUUUGCAGGAUGGGGAAGGGAGGAGGGAAGUGUGCGAGUCGCGAACGUGACCUCGGAGCUUCAUUGCGGACACCCAGGCUUCCUGCGCCCCGCCCAUCUAGGGAUUCCAUCACUUCAAACAGGGCUUCUAGGGCUAAGGCUAUCGAAUCCUCUCGUUCGGGUAUUAAGGAGCCAUUGAUCCCCAAGAAGGAGGAGACAUCAAAAUCACCGGAAAAAACUCCAUUGAAAGACGAGUCUGACAGCGACAUCGACACCGAUGUCGUAUUUGACCAACCUGAGUCCAAGGGGCCAGGCAGUCCCCUGCCAAUAUCAACCUCAUCGGCAUCUGAAGGACAGCUGCUGGGAUCAACUUCUACACCCACAAAAUCUGUGCAGGAUGAGUCAAAACCUGCAGCAGCAGAAACUACCACGCCACCUCCUUCCACAAAAGCCUCAUUGCAAAGCAGCCCCAUUUUAACGAGGCCAAGUGGAAGCGGUGAAGACGACUCAAGAAUGCUUACUAGCAGUGCUAGCCACCCUGCUCCAAUUCUGCCAGUGGCGGAGAAAUCUGUUUCCGAAUUUGCAUUUGCCGAUGUUAGUUCUGAAGUUGCUGGUGCAGUAGCUAGCACAUCUGAAUCACCUAAUUCAUUGCCUCUGCCUGUCGCAGGUGUUGCUGCUCAAGAGACGCCUAAGGAAAUAACUUCUACACAGACUGGAGAAGCGAAUUUGCAGUCAUCUGCACCUGCUCAGAGAGAGCCAGUGACGAUUCCGAAAUCUAAGUAUGGAGCUCCAGAGAGGUCUAUAUCGAUUUCUGCAAUCCAAGCGAAAACUCCCGAAUCCGAAUCUAGACGCCUUACACCAAGUGUUAGUCUUCCCCCCAAAACUCGUGCAUCACAGACUGAAUUACCGGGUUCAGGGACAGAAUCGAGGAAACUUGAUAUGCCGGCUACCCCAAUGAAAUGUGAGGCCACAGCCACAGAACACAUUGCUUCCGUUCCAUUGGAAGAGCCAGUGAAGCCCAUUUCUGCUGAACAGAUUUCAGUGAAGGAGGAAUCUUCGUCUUCCACUGUGCAGAUUAAGAAUCUUGAUGUGGUACCGUCAGGGCUUUCUUCCGGAGUAGAGGAAGUGGUUCCUCUGAUAGAAUCACGAACUCACCCUAAGUCUGAACUUAAGGAGGGUUGGAGUUCGGAACAGGGACAGGUAGUUAAGGAUAGUUCUGAUUUCACUGAUAACUGGGAGCUAGUGUCGAAGGAGCGAUCAAGAAGCAAUUCACCGGAGCUUGUUGUAGUGACUACGCCUGGGACAACCGUUUCAGCAGAAGAGAAAAGCCUACAACCAACUCAGUCGACCACGGAGCCGGAAAUCCAAUCCGACGAAAGUGAAAAGAAGUCUCCUACAUCACAAGGCGUGCUCGUUGGAGCCUCUGAGGCAGCAAUAUCUGACGAAGAGGGCGAUACUGUGAGGUCACUGGGUAGUGACAACUCAGAUGACAUCGAAACACGUGAUGUCGAGGGGGAUGGAGGAGGCUAUGUGCUCCUGGGAACACAAGCAAACGAGUCUUCACCAACAACAGAGAUUUUCCCUGCAGGCGAAUCUCAAGGCACAACUCAGAUUCCACAGGUUGAGCACCCCGAAUCACACCCUGCUGAAACACAUACUCAACCCAAAACUCAAGAGAAUCAAGAGCCGCAUGCAGCACCACUGGAACCUAAACAACCUGACCUAAAACAAGCACCAGCUCCCGAAUCGAUCGACGACACUACAGCAGAGCAAGGCGUAACACCAGCAACCAUCCAGAAAAACAGUCCAAACCAACCAAAUAACUGGAGAGCUUGGAUAGCGCAAGCGGAAACCCAAGCGAAAACAACACCAACAAAACUUGAAACCCAGACAACCAAGCCAACUGAUCAAGACAAUGAAGCACAAUAUUCUCAGCCGGAAAACCCUCAGACCAACGAAAUCCCGGAAGAACCGCAGAAAAAUAAAAAAACCGAGGACAAAACAGCUAAACCAGUUACGCCUACCCCUCCCCUUACAACUCCCCCCCAAGCCCAAGAAAAUACCGAACCAAAAAAAAUCCCCGACACUCCAAACCAAGGCCAACAAACGAAAACGCAAGAACCCGCUACCGCUGGGCGGGUCUGGAAAGAGCAUCCCAAAACACAACCAACACAGACCGAAAACCCACCCCAUCAAGAAAUUCCGUCAACACUAACAAACGCUAAGCAGAUCGCUACCCCAAUGGUGGAGGAGGCGAAGCAGGCCGAGGUCGUGCCGGAGGUUGCAGAGCCAGAGGCCCCAGUGGCGGAGGCGGCUGCGCCCGAGGCAGCCGUCGCUGAGGAGGUGAAGGAGGCCGAGGCCGCCCCCGAGGUGGCCCCUGAGGUGGAGUCGCGCAAAGUGGAGCUGCCGGUGGCGAGCGAGGAGGUGGUACCAGAGGCUGUACCAGAAGCGGUACCAGAAGCCGUGGCUGAGGCGGAGGUGGCUGCCGCAAGUGCCGAGGUUGAGGAGGAGGCCGCCCCCGCACCCGUGGCGGAGGUGGAGGCCCCCAAGGCCGAGGAGGCUGUUGUCGAAGAGGCCCCCGCAGUGGCGGUGGAAGUGGAGGCUGCUGCCACUGUGGUGGAGGAGGCGAAGGAGGCCGAGGUCGUGCCGGAGGUUGCAGAGCCAGAGGCCCCAGUGGCGGAGGCGGCUGCGCCCGAGGCAGCCGUCGCUGAGGAGGUGAAGGAGGCCGAGGCCGCCCCCGAGGUGGCCCCUGAGGUGGAGUCGCGCGAGGUGGAGCUGCCGGUGGCUAGCGAGGAGGUGGUACCAGAGGCUGUACCAGCAGCCGUACCAGAAGCCGUUUCUGAGGCGGAGGUGGCUGCCGCAAGUGCCGAGGUUGAGGAGGACGCCUCCCCCGCAUCCGUGGCGGAGGUGGAGGCCCCCAAAGCCGAGGAGGCUGUGGUCGAAGAGGCCCCCGCAGUGGCGGUGGAAGAGGAGGCUGCUGCCACUGUGGUUGAGGAGGCGAAGGAGGCCGAGGUCGUGCCGGAGGUUGCAGAGCCAGAGGCCCCAGUGGCGGAGGCGGCUGCGCCCGAGGCAGCCGUCGCUGAGGAAGUGGAGGAGGCCGAGGCCGUCCCCGAGGUGGCCCCUGAGGUGGAGUCGCGCGAGGUGGAGCUGCCGGUGGCGAGCGAGGAGGUGGUACCAGAGGCUGUACCAGAAGCGGUACCAGAAGCCGUGGCUGAGGCGGAGGUGGCUGCCGCAAGUGCCGAGGUUGAGGAGGACGCCGCCCCCGCACCCGUGGCGGAGGUGGAGGCCCCCAAGGCCGAGGAGGCUGUGGUCGAAGAGGCCCCCACAGUGGCGGUGGAAGAGGAGGCUGCUGCCACUGUGGUGGAGGAGGCGAAGGAGGCCGAGGUCGUGCCGGAGGUUGCAGAGCCAGACGCCCCAGUGGCGGAGGCGGCUGCGCCCGAGGCAGCCGUCGCUGAGGAGGUGGAGGAGGCCGAGGCCGUCCCCGAGGUGGCCCCUGCGGUGGAGUCGCGCGAGGUGGAGCUGCCGGUGGCGAGCGAGGAGGUGGUACCAGAGGCUGUACCAGAAGCGGUACCAGAAGCCGUGGCUGAGGCGGAGGUGGCUGCCGCAAGUGCCGAGGUUGAGGAGGAGGCCGCCCCCGCACCCGUGGCGGAGGUGGAGGCCCCCAAGGCCGAGGAGGCUGUGGUCGAAGAGGCCCCCGCAGUGGCGGUGGAAGAGGAGGCUGCUGCCACUGUGUUGGAGGAGGCGAAGGAGGCCGAGGUCGUGCCGGAGGUUGCAGAGCCAGAGGCCCCAGUGGCGGAGGCGGCUGCGCCCGAGGCAGCCGUCGCUGAGGAGGUGAAGGAGGCCGAGGCCGUCCCCGAGGUGGCCACUGAGGUGGAGUCUCGCGAGGUGGAGCUGCCGGUGGCGAGCGAGGAUGUGGUACCAGAGGCUGUACCAGAAGCGGUACCAGAAGCCGUGGCUGAGGCGGAGGUGGCUGCCGCAAGUGCCGAGGUUGAGGAGGAGGCCGCCCCCGCACCCGUGGCGGAGGUGGAGGCCCCCAAGGCCGAGGAGGCUGUUGUCGAAGAGGCCCCCGCAGUGGCGGUGGAAGUGGAGGCUGCUGCCACUGUGGUGGAGGAGGCGAAGGAGGCCGAGGUCGUGCCGGAGGUUGCAGAGCCAGAGGCCCCAGUGGCGGAGGCGGCUGCGCCCGAGGCAGCCGUCGCUGAGGAGGUGAAGGAGGCCGAGGCCGCCCCCGAGGUGGCCCCUGAGGUGGAGUCGCGCGAGGUGGAGCUGCCGGUGGCUAGCGAGGAGGUGGUACCAGAGGCUGUACCAGCAGCCGUACCAGAAGCCGUUUCUGAGGCGGAGGUGGCUGCCGCAAGUGCCGAGGUUGAGGAGGACGCCUCCCCCGCAUCCGUGGCGGAGGUGGAGGCCCCCAAAGCCGAGGAGGCUGUGGUCGAAGAGGCCCCCGCAGUGGCGGUGGAAGAGGAGGCUGCUGCCACUGUGGUUGAGGAGGCGAAGGAGGCCGAGGUCGUGCCGGAGGUUGCAGAGCCAGAGGCCCCAGUGGCGGAGGCGGCUGCGCCCGAGGCAGCCGUCGCUGAGGAAGUGGAGGAGGCCGAGGCCGUCCCCGAGGUGGCCCCUGAGGUGGAGUCGCGCGAGGUGGAGCUGCCGGUGGCGAGCGAGGAGGUGGUACCAGAGGCUGUACCAGAAGCGGUACCAGAAGCCGUGGCUGAGGCGGAGGUGGCUGCCGCAAGUGCCGAGGUUGAGGAGGACGCCGCCCCCGCAUCCGUGGCGGAGGUGGAGGCCCCCAAGGCCGAGGAGGCUGUCGUCGAAGAGGCCCCCGCAGUGGCGGUAGAAGAGGAGGCUGCUGCCACUGUGGUUGAUGAGGCGAAGGAGGCCGAGGUCGUGCUGGAGGUUGCAGAGCCAGAGGCCCCAGUGGCGGAGGCGGCUGCGCCCGAGGCAGCCGUCGCUGAGGAGGUGAAGGAGGCCGAGGCCGCCCCCGAGGUGGCCCCUGAGGUGGAGUCGCGCGAGGUGGAGUCGCGCGAGGUGGAGCUGCCGGUGGCGAGCGAGGAGGUGGUACCAGAGGCUGUACCAGAAGCGGUACCAGAAGCCGUGGCUGAGGCGGAGGUGGCUGCCGCAAGUGCCGAAGUUGAGGAGGAGGCCGCCCUCGCACCCGUGGCGGAGGUGGAGUCCCCCAAGGCCGAGGAGGCUGUGGUCGAAGAGGCCCCCGCAGUGGCGGUGGAAGAGGAGGCUGCUGCCACUGUGGUUGAGGAGGCGAAGGAGGCCGAGGUCGUGCCGGAGGUUGCAGAGCCAGAGGCCCCAGUGGCGGAGGCGGCUGCGCCCGAGGCAGCCGUCGCUGAGGAAGUGGAGGAGGCCGAGGCCGUCCCCGAGGUGGCCCCUGAGGUGGAGUCGCGCGAGGUGGAGCUGCCGGUGGCGAGCGAGGAGGUGGUACCAGAGGCUGUACCAGAAGCGGUACCAGAAGCCGUGGCUGAGGCGGAGGUGGCUGCCGCAAGUGCCGAGGUUGAGGAGGACGCCGCCCCCGCACCCGUGGCGGAGGUGGAGGCCCCCAAGGCCGAGGAGGCUGUGGUCGAAGAGGCCCCCGCAGUGGCGAUGGAAGAGGAGGCCGUGGCUGAGGAGGCCGCUGCCCCUGUGGUGGAGGAGGCGAAGGGGGCUGAGGUCGUGCCGGAGGUUGCAGAUCUAGAGGCCCCAGUGGCGGAGGCGGCUGCGCCCGAGGCAGCCGUCGCUGAGGAGGUGGAGGAGGCCGAGGCCGUCCCCGAGGUGGCCCCUGAGGUGGAGUCUCGCGAGGUGGAGCUGCCGGUGGCGAGCGAGGAUGUGGUACCAGAGGCUGUACCAGAAGCGGUACCAGAAGCCGUGGCUGAGGCGGAGGUGGCUGCCGCAAGUGCCGAGGUUGAGGAGGAGGCCGCCCCCGCACCCGUGGCGGAGGUGGAGGCCCCCAAGGCCGAGGAGGCUGUUGUCGAAGAGGCCCCCGCAGUGGCGGUGGAAGUGGAGGCUGCUGCCACUGUGGUGGAGGAGGCGAAGGAGGCCGAGGUCGUGCCGGAGGUUGCAGAGCCAGAGGCCCCAGUGGCGGAGGCGGCUGCGCCCGAGGCAGCCGUCGCUGAGGAGGUGAAGGAGGCCGAGGCCGCCCCCGAGGUGGCCCCUGAGGUGGAGUCGCGCGAGGUGGAGCUGCCGGUGGCUAGCGAGGAGGUGGUACCAGAGGCUGUACCAGCAGCCGUACCAGAAGCCGUUUCUGAGGCGGAGGUGGCUGCCGCAAGUGCCGAGGUUGAGGAGGACGCCUCCCCCGCAUCCGUGGCGGAGGUGGAGGCCCCCAAGGCCGAGGAGGCUGUGGUCGAAGAGGCCCCCGCAGUGGCGGUGGAAGAGGAGGCUGCUGCCACUGUGGUUGAGGUGGCGAAGGAGGCCGAGGUCGUGCCGGAGGUUGCAGAGCCAGAGGCCCCAGUGGCGGAGGCGGCUGCGCCCGAGGCAGCCGUCGCUGAGGAAGUGGAGGAGGCCGAGGCCGUCCCCGAGGUGGCCCCUGAGGUGGAGUCGCGCGAGGUGGAGCUGCCGGUGGCGAGCGAGGAGGUGGUACCAGAUGCUGUACCAGAAGCGGUACCAGAAGCCGUGGCUGAGGCGGAGGUGGCUGCCGCAAGUGCCGAGGUUGAGGAGGACGCCGCCCCCGCACCCGUGGCGGAGGUGGAGGCCCCCAAGGCCGAGGAGGCUGUGGUCGAAGAGGCCCCCGCAGUGGCGGUGGAAGAGGAGGCUGCUGCCACUGUGGUUGAGGAGGCGAAGGAGGCCGAGGUCGUGCCGGAGGUUGCAGUGCCAGAGGCCCCAGUGGCGGAGGCGGCUGCGCCCGAGGCAGCCGUCGCUGAGGAAGUGGAGGAGGCCGAGGCCGUCCCCGAGGUGGCCCUUGAGGUGGAGUCGCGCGAGGUGGAGCUGCCGGUGGCGAGCGAGGAGGUGGUACCAGAGGCUGUACCAGAAGCGGUACCAGAAGCCGUGGCUGAGGCGGAGGUGGCUGCCGCAAGUGCCGAGGUUGAGGAGGACGCCGCCCCCGCACCCGUGGCGGAGGUGGAGGCCCCCAAGGCCGAGGAGGCUGUGGUCGAAGAGGCCCCCGCAGUGGCGGUGGAAGAGGAGGCUGCUGCCACUGUGGUUGAGGAGGCGAAGGAGGCCGAGGUCGUGCCGGAGGUUGCAGUGCCAGAGGCCCCAGUGGCGGAGGCGGCUGCGCCCGAGGCAGCCGUCGCUGAGGAGGUGAAGGAGGCCGAGGCCGCCCCCGAGGUGGCCCCUGAGGUGGAGUCGCGCGAGGUGGAGCUGCCAAUGGCUAGCGAGGAGGUGGUACCAGAGGCUGUACCAGAAGCCGUGGCUGAGGCGGAGGUAGCUGCCGCAAGUGCCGAGGUUGAGGAGGAGGCCGCCCCCGCACCCGUGGCGGAGGUGGAGGCCCCCAAGGCCGAGGAGGCUGUGGUCGAAGAGGCCCCCGCAGUGGCGGUGGAAGAGGAGGCCGUGGCUGAGGAGGCCGCUGCCCCUGUGGUGGAGGAGGCGAAGGAGGCCGAGGUCGUGCCGGAGGUUGCAGAGCCAGAGGCCCCAGUGGCGGAGGCGGCUGCGCCCGAGGCAGCCGUCGCUGAGGAGGUGGAGGAGGCCGAGGCCGUCCCCGAGGUGGCCCCUGAGGUGGAGUCUCGCGAGGUGGAGCUGCCGGUGGCGAGCGAGGAUGUGGUACCAGAGGCUGUACCAGAAGCGGUACCAGAAGCCGUGGCUGAGGCGGAGGUGGCUGCCGCAAGUGCCGAGGUUGAGGAGGAGGCCGCCCCCGCACCCGUGGCGGAGGUGGAGGCCCCCAAGGCCGAGGAGGCUGUUGUCGAAGAGGCCCCCGCAGUGGCGGUGGAAGUGGAGGCUGCUGCCACUGUGGUUGAGGAGGCGAAGGAGGCCGAGGUCGUGCCGGAGGUUGCAGAGCCAGACGCCCCAGUGGCGGAGGCGGCUGCGCCCGAGGCAGCCGUCGCUGAGGAGGUGGAGGAGGCCGAGGCCGUCCCCGAGGUGGCCCCUGCGGUGGAGUCGCGCGAGGUGGAGCUGCCGGUGGCGAGCGAGGAGGUGGUACCAGAGGCUGUACCAGAAGCGGUACCAGAAGCCGUGGCUGAGGCGGAGGUGGCUGCCGCAAGUGCCGAGGUUGAGGAGGAGGCCGCCCCCGCACCCGUGGCGGAGGUGGAGGCCCCCAAGGCCGAGGAGGCUGUGGUCGAAGAGGCCCCCGCAGUGGCGGUGGAAGAGGAGGCUGCUGCCACUGUGUUGGAGGAGGCGAAGGAGGCCGAGGUCGUGCCGGAGGUUGCAGAGCCAGAGGCCCCAGUGGCGGAGGCGGCUGCGCCCGAGGCAGCCGUCGCUGAGGAGGUGAAGGAGGCCGAGGCCGCCCCCGAGGUGGCCCCUGAGGUGGAGUCGCGCGAGGUGGAGCUGCCUGUGGCGAGCGAGGAGGUGGUACCAGAGGCUGUACCAGAAGCGGUACCAGAAACCGUGGCUGACGCGGAGGUGGCUGCCGCAAGUGCCGAGGUUGAGGAGGAGGCCGCCCCCGCACCCGUGGCGGAGGUGGAGGCCCCCAAGGCCGAGGAGGCUGUGGUCGAAGAGGCCCCCGCAGUGGCGGCGGAAGAGGAGGCCGUGGCUGAGGAGGCCGCUGCCCCUGUGGUGGAGGAGGCGAAGGAGGCCGAGGUCGUGCCGGAGGUUGCAGAGCCAGAGGCCCCAGUGGCGGAGGCGGCUGCGCCCGAGGCAGCCGUCGCUGAGGAGGUGAAGGAGGCCGAGGCCACCCCCGACGUGAACCCAGAGGUGGAGUCGCGCGAGGUGGAGCUGCCGGUGGCGAGCGAGGAGGUGGUACCAGAGGCUGUACCAGAAGCGGUACCAGAAACCGUGGCUGAGGCGGAGGUGGCUGCCGCAAGUGCCGAGGUUGAGCAGGAGGCCGCCCCCGCACCCGUGGCGGUGUUGGAGGCCCCCAAGGCCGAGGAGGCUGUGGUCGAAGAGGCCCCCGCAGUGGCGGUGGAAGAGGAGGCCGUGGCUGAGGAGGCCGGUGCCCCUGUGGUGGAGGAGGCGAAAGAGGCCGAGGUCGUGCCGGAGGUUGCAGAGCCAGAGGCCCCAGUGGCGGAGGCGGCUGCGCCCGAGGCAGCCGUCGCUGAGGAGGUGGAGGAGGCCGAGGCCGUCCCCGAGGUGGCCCCUGAGGUGGAGUCGCGCGAGGUGGAGCUGCCGGUGGCGAGCGAGGAGGUGGUACCAGAGGCUGUACCAGAAGCGGUACAAGAAGCCGUGGCUGAGGCGGAGGUGGCUGCCGCAAGUGCCGAGGUUGAGGAGGAGGUCGCCCCCGCACCCGUGGCGGAGGUGGAGGCCCCCAAGGCCGAGGAGGCUGUGGUCGAAGAGGCCCCCGCAGUGGCGGUGGAAGAGGAGGCUGCUGCCACUGUGGUUGAGGAGGCGAAGGAGGCCGAGGUCGUGCCGGAGGUUGCAGUGCCAGAGGCCCCAGUGGCGGAGGCGGCUGCGCCCGAGGCAGCCGUCGCUGAGGAGGUGAAGGAGGCCGAGGCCGCCCCCGAGGUGGCCCCUGAGGUGGAGUCGCGCGAGGUGGAGCUGCCGGUGGCUAGCGAGGAGGUGGUACCAGAGGCUGUACCAGAAGCCGUACCAGAAGCCGUUUCUGAGGCGGAGGUGGCUGCCGCAAGUGCCGAGGUUGAGGAGGAGGCCGCCCCCGCACCCGUGGCGGAGGUGGAGGCCCCCAAGGCCGAGGAGGCUGUGGUCGAAGAGGCCCCCGCAGUGGCGGCGGAAGAGGAGGCCGUGGCUGAGGAGGCCGCUGCCCCUGUGGUGGAGGAGGCGAAGGAGGCCGAGGUCGUGCCGGAGGUUGCAGAGCCAGAGGCACCAGUGGCGGAGGCGGCUGCGCCCGAGGCAGCCGUCGCUGAGGAGGUGAAGGAGGCCGAGGCCGCCCCCGAGGUGGCCCCUGAGGUGGAGUCGCGCGAGGUGGAGCUGCCGGUGGCUAGCGAGGAGGUGGUACCAGAGGCUGUACCAGAAGCCGUACCAGAAGCCGUUUCUGAGGCGGAGGUGGCUGCCGCAAGUGCCGAGGUUGAGGAGGAGGCCGCCCCCGCACCCGUGGCGGAGGUGGAGGCCCCCAAGGCCGAGGAGGCUGUGGUCGAAGAGGCCCCCGCAGUGGCGGUGGAAGAGGAGGCUGUGGCUGAGGAGGCCGCUGCCCCUGUGGUGGAGGAGGCGAUGGAGGCCGAGGUCGUGCCGGAGGUUGCAGAGCCAGAGGCCCCAGUGGCGGAGGCGGCUGCGCCCGAGGCAGCCGUCGCUGAGGAGGUGAAGGAGGCCGAGGCCGCCCCCGAGGUGGCCCCUGAGGUGGAGUCGCGCGAGGUGGAGCUGCCGGUGGCGAGCGAGGAGGUGGUACCAGAGGCUGUACCUGAGGCUGUACCAGAUGCUAUGGUUGAGGCUGUUGUUUCGACCGAAUUUCCGUUUGAGGAAGCAGCCGUUCCUUUGGGUGCUGCUUCAGCGGUUGGGGUUGUUUCUGGUGUUAAUAAGUCUUCUUCAUGUUCUUCGGAUGUGGUUGUUCCGGCGAUUGCGUUUUCUGAGUUUGGUUUUUAUGGAUCGAGCUCGUCGUCGGGAUUUGGAGAUGUUGGUGAGAAUGUUAAUUCCGUUUGGAAUCUUCCAUUUUUGAAGAAGAGGCCUGUGGAGGUUGCGGCGAAGAGAACUGAUGAGUUUCUUCAGCAGGUUAAAACUAAGGUGAACAAGGUGGUUGGGCUUCCUUGGCCUCCGGCGCCUUUGUCAGCAGCCAGUUCGAUUGGUACAGAUGAAUCUAUGGAAUGUGGUGUUGGUGAGGCUGAAACGGGGGAAUUUAUUUCGGUGGAAGAGGCCCAACCGUAUGCGUCGUUAAGUUCCGAGGUCUCUGUUGAGUCUGCUGAAAAGGACCUUAGCGGUACUACUGGGACUGUAGACAUUUCUAAGGUGAUUCACUCUCUUGAGAACGGAUCCAACUUAGUGGUCGAUGGUGGCGAUGAUUCAGCAGCUGCUGCAUCAGCUUGAUCUUUAUUUUGUUAGUAUAUUUGUGUCUUCUAUAUGAGUUGAGAAAUAGUUUUUAUUUGGAGUGGAGUUUGUGGUAUGCACGUGUUCAUAACCACUGUUUCCUUUCAAUAAUAAAUUCGGUAUUGUAGAUUAUCUUUU